AUGAGGCAGAAGCACUACCUUGAGGCAGCGGCGCGGAAACUACAAGCUAGCUGCCCAGGCCAAGCCCGCUAUCUCCUCUGGGCCUACAGUUCGUCACACGAUGCUAAGAACACUUUCGAAGAAACAUGUCCAUACUGUUUCCAGUUGCUGGUGUUGGAUAACUGCCGAGUACGCCUCAAACCCAAGCCCAAACUGACACCCAGAAUACAGAAACUUCUAAAUCGAGAAGCAAAAAGUUAUACACUUAGUUUUAAAGAAGCAAAAAUUUUGACAAAGUACAAAGACUCCAAAAGUGUAUUGCUGAUUACUUGUAAAACAUGCAACAGAACAGUUAAACAUCACGGCAAAAGUAGAAGCUUUCUAUCAUCCCUGAAGAGCAAACCUAGCACUCCCACGACUAAACCCACCCUGAAGACACCAGAGAGAAAGACUCUAAGUUCUGCCAACCUAAAUCAUGACCUGUCUGGUUCUAAAAGCAAGAGCCCUGCAUUGAUUUUCAGAACACCUGCAUCUGGACAGUCAACACCCACUUUCUCUUCCUCAAAGAAUAUAAGCAAAACAAAGAAACACUUCUCUCAACUAAAAAUGCUACUUAGUCAGCAAGAGUCCCAAAAGAGUCCAAAGACAGACUUCAGAAAUUUCUUGUCUUCUCUGUAA